CGUCGGGUGGCGGAGGAGACUCGAGUUCGGCUCGCCGGCCUGGUGGUCUUAUCUUAGGAGGAGAGUGCGAAGAAUUCGCGGCUGUAAUACGACACCAACAGGCUGCAGACAGACUCUCCCAGAUCGCCAAGUAUGUCGGGCACAGUCUUGUUGUCCGUUUACUAUUGUUUUAAGUGAGAGAAAAUUAAUAAUAGACGACUUCCAAUUCAUUAAUAAGAAACAGACAAAGGCGGGGCGACAAUAUUAGCUUAGAGUGCAUUGGAGCAACAACUGCACUUGGAAUCGAAUAUAUGUGAGUGAGGACGGCAGUGUUUCAAAGUCGACACUCGGCGAAUUUUGUUCGUUCCAGAAUUCCAGAGUUUACUGAACUUUCCGCCAAUCGAGGGAGAUAGAUACUGAGAAAUGGUUCGCCAGAUCUCGCCCUGGAAGGUUCUCACCCGACGCAAGAAUCUCCAAGCGGAUGGCAGCGAGGGGGAAACGAAGCUGAAUAGAGUUCUGGGUCUAUGGGACCUCACGGCCCUGGGCGUCGGAUCGACCUUGGGAGCUGGGGUCUAUGUGCUGGCCGGACAGAUAGCCAAAGAUCAGGCGGGUCCGUCGGUGAUGAUAUCGUUUGCCAUCGCGGCUCUGGCAUCUCUGCUGGCAGGAGUUUGCUAUGCGGAAUUUGGCGCUCGAGUUCCCAAGGCUGGAUCGGCCUAUGUAUAUAGUUAUGUCUGCAUCGGGGAAUUCGUAGCUUUUGUCAUUGGAUGGAAUCUCAUAUUGGAAUACGUCAUUGGAACGGCUAGUGUUUGUAGGGGUAUCAGCCUGUACCUGGACUCCCUACUAAAUGAUACCCUGAAAAACACAUUCGCCGAGGUUGCUCCUAUGAAUGUCAGUUUCUUGGGCAGCUACUUUGACUUUUUGGCCUUUGGCCUAGUGGUUGUUUUUGGCGUUGCACUGGCCUUUGGCGUGGAGACAUCGACUAUGGCAAACAAUUUUGUGACGUGUUUGAAUAUAUUUAUUUUGGGAUUUGUCAUAAUCGCUGGCGCUAUAAAAGCUGACUAUUCCAACUGGACGGUGGAUCCGAGCACUGUGAGUGCGAAUUCUACUAUCGGAUCCGGUGGUUUUUUCCCCUUUGGAUUUGAAGGCACUCUUCGUGGAGCAGCCACCUGCUUCUUUGGCUUUGUGGGAUUCGAUUGCAUUGCCACCACAGGAGAAGAAGUCCGAAAUCCUCGUAAAAAUAUUCCGAAAUCGAUUCUGCUCUCGCUGCUGAUUAUCUUUUUGUGCUAUUUCGGAGUGUCCACUGUGCUGACAUUGAUGCUGCCGUACUAUAUCCAGGAUGUUAACGCACCACUCCCAUAUGCCUUCGAGUAUGUGGGUUGGCCAGUGGCCAUGUGGAUUGUCACCGUAGGUGGUUUGGUGGGUCUGCUGGCCAGUCUCUUUGGCGCACUGUUCCCACUGCCCAGGGUUAUGUACUCGAUGGCCCAGGAUGGUCUUUUGUUUAAGUUUCUGGGCAAAGUGAGUCCGAGAUUCCGAGUUCCAGUCACCGGAUCUAUUGUGGCAGCUCUUUUCACGGCUGCAAUUGCCGGACUCUUCGAUUUGUCCCAACUGGUCAGCCUGCUCUCAAUCGGCACUUUGUUGGCCUACAGCGUUGUGGCCAUAUCCAUAAUGCUUCUGCGAUAUAUGGACUAUUGUGAGGUGGACGAGAAUCCAGGACAGACGGAAGUCAGGGCUUCGGAAACCACUUCUUUGACUUCGAGUUCCGAGCCAUUCACAUUCGGUUCAGUAUGCACACAACUGUUUAAUGUUCAUCGAGUCCAGGAGCCCAACGCAAUAUCCUCAAGGAUUGUGGGAGUGCUUUCAACAUUGUUUUGCCUAAUUGCCUUGGGCAUUGGAGUGCUAAUUAUGCAGGCGCAUCCCUUAAUCGCCUCCAAAGAAGUUUGGGCCUUGACCCUCCUGAUUGUUUUAGUCGUUCUAAUGUUGCUGGUGAUCUUUUUGAUUUGCCUCCAGCCAAGAGAAGCUCGUCGUAGAUUAUUCAGAGUUCCCUUUGUACCGAUUGUUCCUGCCAUCAGUAUCUUCAUCAAUAUAUAUCUAAUGCUUCAACUGGACACCUGGACAUGGAUACGAUUUGGAGUCUGGAUGAUUGUGGGUAUACCCGUAUUUCUUGCAUGCUGGUAUUUAUACGAUUGCAAGAAUCCAGCGAAGAGAAACCCCGAGAGAUGGGCCUUCUACAAGGCACUAAAAGGCUUACAAGAAAGUCGAGAGCAGGAGUAUCAUUGCAUAUCGAAGGAGAGUGUUUUGACCCUAGAGACGCAUCUAAAGAAGAGUCCGAGCAGUAGCCUGGAUAGAAUUCAGAAUCUUAGUGAUGUGGGCGACGAGUUGGUCGAAAUAAAGAAUGCCAAUGGAAAGGUGUUUUAUGUGGAGGACAACAAGAGUGAGAAUUCCACUGCCACCUUGGGCUCCAACCCAGAAUCUCCAUCGCGGGAGGACGAACAGUCGGUAAUCGCGAUGCUGGACGAUGUCCUGAAUGCCGAGGAUACACAGCAAAGACAACAGGAGCUGGACCUCCAACAACAGAUGAUUUUCGAGCGGCAUUUCAGCAUGGACUCUGAAAUGUAUCCAAGUGUUAUAGAAACUGUGAUUGUGGCCACCGUUCACAGUAGCAGCGAUGAUGAUGAAGUCCAGAGUGGGAUUACCCUUAAAUUGAGUAGAUACGAUGAAUGCAAGCUGGUCGCCCAUCAAAUGCUGGAGGAGUUGUUCAAUAGCGAGGCUUUCUACGAACAGUUGGAGAAAGUUAAGGCCAAAGAGGUUCCUUUGGUAAAAGGGGAUAAAUUGGAGGAGGAAGCUGAAUCUGUAAAUGGCGCUGAGGCUACCAAGCCAGUGUUUGUGUUCCAGCGUUUGGCCUCACAGACUUCCAUCAUAUCCCAGGCCUCUAUCAUUGAGGAUCCGCUGCAUUCGACCAAGUUUAAAGACCGAUUAAGCCACAUCAUUAUGAAUGCCAAUGCCCACCAGGUGAAGGUAGUGGCCAAGAGAGCCGAGAACAUGGAUGACGAGGAGGAGCUGGAGCAGGUGCAGGCUGAGGAGACCAAAACAAGGCCGCUGCUAAAGCAAUCGAAAAGCGAAACCGAUGUGCGUCGCUUAAUGCUCAAGGCCAUCAGCGAGCUGAAAAUCGACCGUAAUGAGACUGGUAAUGCUGAUGAGGUCCCCGCCGAGGUGCUUACCACCACAGGAAACCCCUCAAAGGACCCAGUUCCCGGUGCAGGUCCUAUUGCAGCUCCAGUUGCAGCGGCGGCUGGCAGCAACAUACCGCGUCCUCCUAAAUUCGAUCCGGUUCUGUACAAGACCAUCAACAGCAUUAGUUUACGCAAACAGCGACCCAGUUUGAAUCGCCAGCAUAUCGUGGAUGCCAAGAACCCGGCGCUUUUGCGACCGGAAUCGCAGACGGAGACGCGUCCGGAUCCUGGCGAGCAACCGGAGCCGGAGCCGUUGCCAUUCAAAGCCAAAUUGGAGGCCAUAUUGCAGCGGGGUCCCUCACACCGAACACAGCAACAUCCGGACCUGGUGCGUCGCCAACGUCCGCAGUCUACCUACAUAGAAGUGGAGGAGCUCGAAAGCUGAGGGGGUUCCAUUCCUACCUGUACAUUACGGUCCCCCAUGCCAACCCAUCCAAACCCAAUAGCCCCUGGUGAAACCAAAGAGGGUGCCAUUUUACCCCCCAGUUAAAAGUAGUUAGGUCCAGCACGUGAAACGGAAUGCAAAUGUAAUUGGUUCUGUACAUAUUUAGCAUAGCUGUAGUUACUAGUUUGUAGUUGGAAUCUUAGAUAAUAAGUGCACGGUGGAUUGUGAGGGUAAGCUUGGAGGUCCUUUAAAGAUUUUAAAUACAAAAAAAAUUUAUUUAUAUUUGAAAAAUAUAUUUUGACAUCUUAGAGUUAAAUAAAUACAUACAAAUGUAACCAUUUAAAGGAAAUUAAGUGAUAAAGUAAAUCUAUAUAAUCCUCACAGUGCCACAUAAACUAGCCCGCAUGCCAAUUUAACUCAAACUAGUCGUAAAAGUAUUAAACAAAGAGGUAUUAUAAGUUUCAAAAAGAAGUGCAUGCCUAAGAUACCCCAAAUCCGUAAACUAAUCGCU